UUUCUGAAGUUCUAGGAGCUGCUAAUGAUAACACUUUUGAAGAUAAACGAAGGGAAAACUUUGAAAAGGGUCAAGCAGAAUUAGAGAGAAGACGAAAGGCCCUUCUAGAUGCUCAGAGACGAGAGACAGAAGAGAGGCUCCGAAGAGAACGAGAAGAAGAAGCAAAAAGAGAGAAAGCACGUCUUGAUGCUGAAAGAAGGAGACAAGAAGAGCUUGAACGUGAAAUGCAAAGGCAAAGAGAAGUAGAAGCGCAACGAGAACAGGAAAGAAAACGCCAAGAGGAAAUGAGAGAGCAGGCUCGAAAAGAUGCAGAACUACAAAGACAACAAGAAUGGGAAAAACAGCGGCUCCAAGAGUUAAUGAAUGUUCGCCAGAGACAACAAGAAAAUCUGCUUUCCCUAAAGGCUAAAAACCAGAGUCUUACCAUUGAGCUGUCAACAAAGGAGGACAGGGUAAAGGAACUGACACAGAAGAUAAGUGAAACAAGGGUAGGUGUGACAGAGGUUAAAGCAACAAUUGACACAAUGAGGUCAACAAGAGAUACGUACAUGGCGGAUAUGAACCAGCUCAAGGCUUCAGCACGAGAUCAGAACCAAAGGUUAUUGGCUCUUAACCAAGAGAAGGCUCGCCUGAAGGCUCGAAACUCAGCUGCUGCCGGUGCCAGUGGGAUUGAACAAGCUGCUGUUGAUGCAUCAUUAGCCAAUAAGCAAAUGGUUAUAAAACAGUUACAGGAGAAGGUAGAAGAAUUACAGAAAGAGUUUUCUAUGAAGGAAGAGGAUGUAAACAAUAAUAUCAGUGACCUCACUGCUAUGAAGAAUGACUUGCAAGCAACAGCUGAGAGGUGCAGAGAUAUCUUCACUGAAUACUCGUCAAAACGAGAGCAGGUGUUAGGUCUCCGAGAGAAGCUUGUAAAUCCAGAUGCUGCCUGGGGCGACGAUGCCAGCUCAGCUUGGGCAGGUAAAGGGUUUGGCAGUGGUGGGACUAGUGCUUGGAAUGCAUGGCCCACCACUGAGCCCAAAGAUGCAUGGCCCAGUAGCAGAGCUGAUGAUAGUGGCCCCACCAGUAUUCCACAGCCUGAGCAGGAGCAACAUAAACCACAGGAGCCGACAGAGCAUCAUCUUCCUCCAGCACGACCCCCGCCCCCCUCCACCACCACCACCAACAUGCCCUCCAUGGCCACUACUGGCACUGUUAAUGAGGAGGAGGCACAACCCCCAGCCCCCCAGGAAUUCCCAGCUACUCAGAAGGAUAUCUGGGGCUCCAACACUACCAGUGCAGUGGGCUGGGGGGUCCACACUUCCACACCCCACUCCUCCUCCACAACCACCCCAACCACCACCACUUCCACUAUACACCCAGGUAACAAUGAGUGAAAAUGCUGAACCAGGCUGGCUCGGAGGAGAAUUACGUGGCCAGACCGGCUGGUUCCCUGAAGCCUAUUGUGAACCUAUAGAAGAAAAGGCAGAGCCAGUGGUUUCUAGUGAGACUCAAGAUCGCACACAGUUAGAGAAUAUACCCGAGGAAAUAGGCUGGAAAAGGAAAGAAACCUGAGAUAGCACAAGUCAUUGCUCCAUAUGAUGCUACUAGUGGCAACCAACUGAGCUUGCAGCGUGGGCAGCUAGUCAUGAUUCGCAAGAAAACCGCAUCAGGAUGGUGGGAGGGAGAAUUACAGGCAAAGGGUAAGAAACGACAGAUUGGUUGGUUCCCAGCAACAUACGUAAAGGUACUUGGUGGGUCAUCGCGUUCUACACCUGUGUCAAUGGAGCUAACCAAUCGGGAAGAUGCCCCUCCAGACAGUGUUCAGUCUCCCCAGUCUGCUCAGCCCCAGGUCACUCAGGUCACGAUAACCCCUCCUGCAGAUGAUCCAAUGGCAGGCCUCACUGAUGCUUCCAAUGGAUUUGCAGAACAAGUUGAAGCACUAUAUCCCUACACUGCAAUGAACGAUGAUGAGCUCACCUUCGAAGCAGGUGCCAUUAUUUCAGUGAUUGACAAGGAAGACGCAGCUUGGUGGAAGGGAACACUGAAUGGAGUCAUUGGUGUCUUCCCCUCCAAUUAUAUUCAGCCUUAUUCACCAAACACAGCCGUAGCAAGUGGGACACCUGAAGGAGAAUUCUCCCUCUGUUAUGGGGAGAAACAAAAUUACGGCUCAGGAGACAGGCACACGUGGCAUUUCGACCCUUCAUCUCCAGUUGAACAAAAACGACAAAAUGUUAUCCAAGAAAUAAUUAACACAGAGGCAUCUUAUCUCUCUGAACUUCAGUUAGUGGAACAGGCUUUUGUACAGCCAAUGCGUACAUCCAACAUUGUAACAGAGAAGGAGCUUGAUCUAAUCUUUGUGAACUGGAGUGAGCUGAUCCUCGUGAAUUCGUACUUUGAUAAGGCUUUGAAAGUUAGAUGUGUGAACAGUCAUGGAAGUUUCAUCACUAUGAUUGCGGAUGUUCUUUGCCAACAGAUUGUUCAAUUAACUCCAUACCUAAGGUUUUGCAGUUUACAAAUCCAAGGAGCAACUUUAUUAGGAGAGAAAUGCAGUGCUGGAGGGCCAUGGGCGAACCUGAUCAAACAGUGCCAAGAACAGCCAGCUGUCAGAGGCUUGACUCUUACGUCAUUCUUGCUGAAACCAAUGCAGAGGAUAACCAGAUAUCCAUUACUUAUAAAAGAAUUACUGAAAUAUACACCUGAGGGUCACCCUGACCAUCACAACUCACAAGAAGCUCUUCUGGCAGCAACUACCCUUUGUGCACAGGUUAAUGAAGCAGUUAGUCAGAGAGACAAUACAGAUAAGUUAGAAUGGAUGCAAAGGCAAGUAAUAUGUGAAGGAUUACAAGAAAGGCUGGUUUUUAAUUCCCUUACAAAUACAUUAGGUCCACGUAAACUUCUUCACACAGGAGUAUUGCAUAAGACCAAAAGUAAAAAAGAGCUGGUGGUGUUUCUCUUAAGUGAUUUCUUAUUGCUGACAACACCAAGCAAGUCUGUGGCUUCUCACACUUCCUUGGCUGCCUUGGAGAGAGCUCUUACGUCAGUGUCUUGUACCAUGUACCGGAAGCCAAUGUUUUUGACUGACGUUAGAAUCGAAGUUGACAAAGAGUCUGAACUCUGUUUCACACUGACGAGUCCUACAUGUGGGGACGUUGCUGUAUCCGCACCGACUCCCCAUGAGAGAGGCAACUGGUUGAAGAAAAUUGCGAUAGCUCAGAAACACAUCUCGGAUACGGAAAGAUCUAUUCUACAGAGAAAGCAUUCCAUUCGAGGCAGGCGCCCAAAAGGAAUUCUUCGUGUACAUAUUACCAAUGGAGCUAAUCUUGAUGCCUGGGGAAAAGGCACACUUCAGUCUUUCUGUGAAGUAAGUUUAGGAUCCCAGGUUCAUCGCACAAGCAUUGCCGCCUCUCCGCAUCCGAAGUGGGAUUCCACCAUGCAGUUCCUGGUCAAGGCUCUUGCUGAAGAUGUCCUUUGUAUCACCGUCUAUGAGAAAGGUUACUUCAAGCCAAAUGAGUUCCUGGGAAGAACAGAGAUCAAGAUAAACCAAGUGCACGAGGAGUCGAAGAACCAGCCAGGAACACAGCCACAAGUCCAUAAGUUACAGCUUCAGGAAGUUAAAUCUGGAGAAGUUAUCUUGAAAAUUUCACUUCAACUUUUUGAGCGUUCUUAAGUUUUGUAUGAUUCAAAAAAUAUAUAUCAUAUCAAUUGUGUUGUUCCAAAAUAUAUUAUAUUCUGUUAGAACUAAGCAAUAAAAACAUUUGACCUAUUAAAUGGGUAGAUUAUGCAAGUAUAAUUGUCAGUUUAUUUUUAUCUACACAAUAGAUAUGUAAUAAGUGUUCCUUCUCUAUGCUGUCAGUAUUUACCCUUAAAGAUAGUUUUCUUAUCAGAAUCAGUAGUUUGGGUAUUUGGCAGUUCCACUGGAGUACACUGAGGCACUUUUGGAAGUUGAGUAAUGUCUUGGAUAAAUUUUAUAUAAGAAAAAAAAAAACGAACAACAAAAAAUGACUGUAUAAUGACUCUUGUAUAAAGAUUUUAGUAAAAA